AUGGACAUAAAGACCGUAAUGCCAAAAGUGGAGACUACUGUCAGUCAUAAGGAGAAGGAGCCGGCGCACACCACAGCACAACCCAGUGUAGUCACCAUCAAAUAUUCCACCACCACAGCAACUAGUCCUCCAACUCCAGCCGCACCGCCCAGACCCACCUCACCAGCACCAGUCAGUGUCUGCUCCCCAAAUCCGUGCCACAACGGCGGCAGCUGCAUAGAACAUGGCGGGCACCGGAAGGACUACAGAUGUGAGUGUCCCGUGGCCUGGCAGGGGCAGCACUGUGACAGAGAUGUGGACGAAUGUCUCUCCAGGCCGUGUCCUGCCCCGGCCACGUGUGUGAACCUUCGGGGGUCCUUCGCCUGCCGCUGCCCCCUGGGGUACAUCCUGGAGAACGGCACCGGCUGCGUCCAGGUGAGGACGUUCCUCGGCCACAUCGAAAUCCCGAGAAGUUUGCUGAACGGCUCCAACGGGAAAUACACCAAAUUACAGCAAAUCGAAGAUGAGAUCGUUCAUAUCCUGAAUUCCUCCUUCUCUGUGAUUGGUGGAUAUUACCAAUCGGCCGUCACUAACAGCAGUUUCAGCAAUCGCAUCGAACUCUCCGUCCAGAAUAUCUUCCUCCUGUCCUCCAACGUCACCCUGUAUGACCUGAGACACAACAUCCAGCGCUACAAAAAGGGGUGCCAGUCCGCCCCCGAGCACUCGCCCACGUGCCAGCUCAUACUCCACCCUGAACUCUAUUACAUAGCUGUCAGUCUGUGUAAUAUGAAGAAUCCGGGAUGUGAUAACGAGACGUCGGAGUGCGCUGACCCAGCCGGCAUCACCCAGUGCCAGUGUAAGGCCGGAUUCUUCAAAUACAGCACAACGGACCGAUCCUGCCGGGCCUGUGACGACGGGUACAAACUUCAGGAUGGAGCCUGUGUGAGAUGUCCCUUUGGAUUCGGAGGAUUCAACUGCUCCAACCCGUACCAGCUGAUCACGGUGAUCAUAUCGGCGGCCGGCGGGGGUCUCCUCCUCAUCCUGGGCGUCGCUCUGGCCGUCACCUGCUGCAGGAAGAGCAAACACGACAUUAGCAAACUCAUCUUCAAGAGCGGAGACUUCCAGAUGUCCCCGUACGCCGAGUAUCCGAAGGCCCAGCGCUCCUCGGAUUGGGGACGGAGACCAUCGAGAUGCAGGAGAACGGGAGCACCAAGAACCUCCUGCAGAUGACCGACAUCUAUUACCCCCCCGGAUUGCGGAGCUCGGAGGCGGAGCGGAACGGCCUGUACCCCUUCACUGGGCUCCCCGGAUCCCGCCACUCGUGUAUCUACCCCGGACAGUACAACCCGUCCUUGGUCUCAGGAUGGAUCCCGCCG